AUGGCCGAGCCAAACACAGAGUUUAGUGAUCUUAUUACGCAAGCAAAGAAAAGAAUAGUACCAAGGUUCACUGAAACCUUCAACGUGGAUGACGUGAACUACACUUACGGCUCCUUCAUUGCCUGGGCCCGGAAAGAAGUAAUCAAAUACUGCACCGACCAUAAAGGCAUCCUCCAGCCUGUGCUGCCGCCGGAGAAGAAGGUCCCCGAGCUCUGGUUCCACAUCGAGCUCAAAACCAAGACCAGCUCCAUCACGCUCGCCAUACGCAUGGACAACCUCUACCUCGUCGGCUUCAGGACCCCGGCCGGUGUGUGGUGGGAGUUCGGCAAGAACGGCGACACCCACCUCCUCGACGACAGCCCGAGGUGGCUCGGCUUUGGCGGCCGGUACCAGGACCUCAUCGGCAAUAAGGGUCUGGAGACCGUCACCUUGGGCCGUGCCGAAAUGACCAGAGCCGUCAACGACCUGUCGAAGAAGACGACGAUGACAUUAGAGGAGGAGGAGGAGCUGCUGAUGCUGCAGGAUGCUGAUCUGGCAGCGGCGGCUGACCCGCAAGCUGACACGAAGAGCAAACUGGCGAAGCUGGUGGUCAUGGUGUGCGAGGGGGUGCGGUUCAUCACUGUGUCCGGUGUCCCGCACGGUAGAAGCGGGGUUCAACAACCAGCCAGGGGUGACCAUAAGCGAGAUGCAGGGGAAGCAGGUGCAGAAAUGGGACAGGAUCUCGAAAGCUGCCUUCGACUGGGCUAA